AAGAGGAACUGCUGGCAAAAAAGCGGACUCGGAUGUUUACCUUACUGAUUUACGACUCGUGAUAGGCGGAAAGAUUCAACAUCUGAUAACAUCAGCUUAACUGUUACUUGUGUUUUACAGUUGAUUUUAAUACUUUAAUUUUCGUCAUAUUGUUUGUGCGCUCGUCGCAUCUCUGUCAGUAUUUCUGUGUAGUCUACAUUUAGGAAGCAGCGAGAUAAACGUAAGUUACUUCCUGGAGUCUCUAUUGCCGUGCAACAGCAGUUAUGGAGGACAGCAAUUUGGGUCUCAACACCCUCACCGAAGCAACGUUAGCCAGACUCGGUUAUAUGCUGGACAAUUUACAGCAUGGUUGGAAACAACUUGCAAGGGCAGUGGCCGAACAGCCACAUUUCUCCUGUAGCGAAAAGGAUUUGACGGAGUGCUCACUUAAGGUGUUAAAUCCUAGCGGCAGCCCUGGCCGAUACUUGCUCGCCCUCCUUGCGGAUAGAGGCUGUACCUUGAGUUACCUGCUGCAGUGCUUCAAGAAAAUUGACCACAGGGAGGCUGUCGAAUUUCUUACGAUGCAUGCGAUGGAGAACAUCAAUAUCACACUGCAUCCACACAGUCAACGGGUACCCGAGGGAAGUCCUGUGGUUUUGUGCUGCAAAGCUGUUGGACCUUUGGAUCUCACCUACCAGUGGUUCAAAGGCAAAGAUGAGGUGCCAGGAGGCAGCAGCCCAGAAUUGGUUUUGGGCACUUUAAAUCCUGUUCAGCAGGGCCACUACAUCUGUCGUGUAAGUUCUGGUGACAAGUACAUCUUCUCCAACUGGGCCAACGUAAGGAUACUGAGGUCUGGAGGCGCAAGUGCUGGUUCAAACAGUAGCUACUUUCCUUCGACGUCUAGCGUUUUGCUUAUAACCAAGCAGCCCAGACCUCAGUCACUGGUGGAGGGUGAUGCUCUCUAUCUCGAAUGUGGUGCUCAGGCCAACCCGCCUGCACAGUUCCAGUGGUACCAUAACAAGCAGCCAAUGCCAAAUUCAACUAGAAGUAUCUUAAAGAUUCCAUGUGUAACCACAGCUCACCGAGGUACAUACACCUGCAGGGCCUACAACCUCUAUCAUGAAAUGUGGAGUGAUCAGGUGCAAGUAAACAUAGGUCCUGGUUCGGUUUCAGACGCCUCGUGGGAAAUGACUGAAGCAGAUGCUCCAGAUGUAGCUCCAAAACAAAGAAGUGAUUUUUACGCCACUGAUAAGGUCGCGCUGCUUAUCGGGAACAUGAACUACCUGCACCACAGACAGCUCAGAGCUCCGAUGGCCGACGUGCACGAGUUGAUGAACCUUCUACGGCAGCUGGACUUUAAAGUCGUGUCUCUGCUGGACCUCAACCAGCAGGAGAUGCAUAGUGCCGUCAAUGAGUUCCUGCUGCUGCUGGAUCGAGGAGUUUAUGGGCUGUUGUACUUCGCCGGUCACGGCUAUGAGAAUUACGGGAACAGUUUCAUGGUGCCCAUCGAUGCUCCGGCCUCAUAUACCUCCAAACACUGCCUCUGGGUGCAGGACGUGUUACAGCGCAUGCAACAACGCCAGACGGGACUGAACAUCUUUCUUAUGGACAUGUGUCGCAAACGAAACCCGAACGAUGACAGCAUCCCACAGCCCGGCCCCUUGAAAGUUACCGCAAACAUAGUGUUUGGCUACGCAACGUGCGUUGACGCCGAAGCAUUCGAAGUAAACAAAGACGACCUCUCUAAUGGAAUCUUCAUGAGCUUCCUGAAGAAGAGACUCAUGGAGCCGGAGAAGGUCACCGUCUUACUUGAUAAAGUAGCAGAAGACAUGGGAAGAUGCGUUAUCACCCGAGGUCGGCAGGCUCUGGAGCUGCGCAGUAAUCUCUCAGAGCGCCGUGCUCUUACUGACCGAAUAAAGUCCCCGGAUUGUAAGGUCACGGCAUCAACGAGGAAUUUACAGUGGGCUAUUGCACAUGUUCUUCCUGAAAGUCGCUGUCUUAAAUUCGAAUGUGGCGUUAAGGUACAGCUGUCCUUCGCUGCUGAGUUCUCCAACAUCAUGAUUAUCUACACACGGAUACUAGAAACUCCAAAAGACAUCAUGUCCUGCUCUGCUCAACUCUCUGACUUCACAGAGGGUCCUGAAGUAGACCUGAAACAAAGCAAUCAGGAGAGUCUCUGUGAAGCUGGAAGCUUAUUGUUAACCCUGGAUGAUCUACAGCCUCUGGAACAGCCUCAGCUCUUCACUCGUAUUAGCGCCCUGCAAAGGCUCCAGAAAGAGCUGUCAUUUACUGUAUGUCUACACUACAAGUACACUAAUCUGGAUGAGGAGCUUUUGGAAGAGAAAAGGGUGUCCGUUGGUAAACCUCUAGUAUCAAAACUUAAUCUCCACGAGGCACGGCCUCUUCAAUGUUUCUCAGCAUCGUCCUCCUCAGAUCUUCAAAUGUCCAGCAUGCAGGAGUCUUCGUCCUUUAGCGUAGGCUUGACAGACUUCUCUUCCAUCGGAUCCGAAUCCACGUCUUGGUCCUUUUAUCAGAGGCCGAUGGAAUCACCAACAAGAUGUGGAUUUAAGAAUGAGCCAGAGGAAAGCAUAAGCCCGGAGUUCCUUUCGUGUGAAGACCCUCCUGACACAAAAAGUUUGCCUAGUGCUGCUGCUGAGGAGCUCCCGUUCAAAUUCAGCAACUUAACACAUUCAUUUUAAGUGGGGAGAGUAUUUCAUCUCAACUUUUUGAGUAUGUUACAGUGCAAAUGCUGUAUUUCUACUUGCCUGUUAUACCUGACAGUGUUUGUGUUUUAAAUCCUGUGAAUGGGAGUACAAUGGAGAAAAUUUGUGUACUCCCUAGAGUCUUUCUAUGCCUUAUUGUAUUGUUUAUAAUUCAUAUUGUCUAUACAUUUUCAAAUAAACUUAUUUAACAGA